AUGGAGAAGGCCCCUACUUCGAAACCUUUUGUGCAACAAAAUAUUUUCGAGCCAAGGUACAUUAUAUGGGAUUCAUUUUCUGACUUGCCUUAUGAAUUUGAAGAAUUAUUUACUUUUCAAGGCUGGAUGGAAUUUUAUGAGUUGAAUGAAUAUUAUUAUCCUUAUUUGAUUCAAGAAUUUUAUGGAAGUAUGAAAGAAGUUGUUAAAGGAGAAAGUUUUAGUGUGAGAGUUAAGAAGAAAAGUCAGAUUGUUGAUGUUGAAUUCUUAGCCUCUGUUUUAAACCUACCAAAUGAUGGAAAUAGGAUUGGAACCUUCAAAGAUUCUAGGAAGCUUGAAGGAUACGAUGAGAAGGCAUUUCAAUUAUCAAUUUUUUUGGAGGGUACACCUGAAAAUGAAAUGACCAACAUCAGUUUAGUGCCUCAAAAUUUUAGGAUUCUACAAUCCUUCAUUCGAUAUUUGCUCAAUCCUAGAAGUGGUAGUCACUCAUAUGCAAAUAGCCUUGAUUUAUGCAUUAUGUGGCACUUGGUUAACAAAAUCAGAUUUAAUUUGCCAUUUUUGAUUUUUAAAGUGAUUGCUAAGUCUAGUAAGCAUAGUAGGUUGCCAUAUGCUAUGCCUUUGACUCUUACAUUUCAAGCUAUAGGAGUUGAUUUGAGCAAAGAAAAGAAGUUUAGCAAUCCUAUCCCCAUUAAGGAGAUAUUCAAGGCUGAUGAUGGUAGGAAAAGAAGUAAGAAAGAAGACAAAAAGCAGGAAGAAGAGACUGAGAUUGAGAUUGAAUCUGAAUCAGAAUCAGAUUCUGAAACAGAAUCGGACAUCCCACUAAGCAAGUUGAAAGAAAGGAGUUCUAAGAUAGACGAAGGGGAAAGCUCUAAGAAGAAAGAGAAAAUGAAGCUGAAAAUGUCAGAUUUUGUGAAAAUCAGUAAAGCAAAUCUGGACAUGAUGAAGGAAAUAAAAGAAAUGAGUGGACUGACCUUGAGUAUUUUAGAAAAAUCUCAUGAAUUGCAGAAGGGAAUUAUGGCUGAACACAAUGCAAAGAUGGAUAUAUUUUGGAAGCUACCCAUUGAGGUAAUCACUGGUCCUAGCAAUGCAAAGGUCUUUGGACCAAGUGGAGUAAAAAUUUCUGAAGUGGAAGAAGAAGAAGAGGAGCAUGUAGAAGCUGCUGAAAAGGUACAAGAAGAAAGUAAGCUAGCUGAGGUUGAAGAAGUAGAGAAAAAUGAUGAGAAGGAAAAAUCUGCAGAAGAGGCAUCAGAAGCAGAACAAGAACCAGACAAAGAGACAUCAAGAGAAUCCUCCUCAUCUCAUACUACAAGCAACAGCAGCAGUGACAAUGGAAAAAGUGAAGGCAGAAAUGGUUCAAGACAAGAAGAGGAGAAGGAAGAGCAGUCACAAGAACCAUCCUCUGAACAACCAAACAUUGUUCCUACUGCCUCUCAACCAGUACCUGAAUCAACCAUCUCUUUACCCAUGCAAUACGGACCUAGAAGAACCAAAACACAAGCCAGAAAAUUAGUUCUACCCAUUCCUCCAAAAAUCCAAGUACCCAUACCUGAAAAAGAACCCCCAAAGAAGAAGCAACAAGCCAAACUUGUUAAUCCCACUCACCUUAGGAGAAGUGGCAGAAUUCUUAGCAGCAAAGAAAAAUAUUGA